AUGCUUGGCCAUUCUCUCUCCAUGAAGAAAGUGAGCGAUAGCCUGUCGAAUUUAGAAAGUUCAGAGAAUACCAUUGUAAAGCUGUCGCUAGAUUUCAAAAACAUGGUUCACUCUAUAAAUACCUUGCAGAGCGCCCGGGCGAAGUUUUCGUCCAAGCCCUGCAGCAAUCAUGCCCGCCUUCUGAAUAGCCUUCCAUACGACGUCUCCAAAAACACGGCUAUAGAAAUCUCCAGCAGCAUCGCCCCGGAGGAGGCCCUUCUUCUUCAAAGUAUCUCAAAAACCGUGCUUGAGGAGAUUAUCCGGGUGAACACCGUGACUUCAAACGUCCUCCUGAUUGGCGAGGGCAUGGAAGACCUCGACCCGAGCUCGCUUUUGUACGAACACGACAUCCCCAGGGCAGUUUACUCCGUCAUCACCGCAGGCUUCGUGCAAAUCGCAAGCAAGCGGAUGAAUCGGUGGUACAAGGAACUCUCCAAAAUCCCAGAUGCGUGCCGGAUCGAGUAUUUAAAGCAUGCGCACAAAGUGCUCUAUGAGAACCAGGCCGCGGCCAUGUACACCAAAAACACGCUUCUUUUCCCGCUGCAGGCUUUUUCCGCGCACUUCAAAAACGGCUGCUCGGCGCUUAAGUACAGCCCCAGCCGAAUUCCCGUUCUAAACGAAAUUUCUCCCGGAGUUUACGCGCUCGACUGCGCCCUCGAGCUCUUCAUAAAAAACAAGGAGAGAAUAGGGAGCUACUACAGCACAGAGCCAAGAGAAGACUUCAAGCUGAGCAGCCAGGAAAUGGAGCUGCUUGCAAGCCUGUGCGAUUCCUGGGAGAUCGUUAGAAAAGUCCUGGAGGCCAUCCACAAGGUGGUAGACCCGCAGAAGGAGUACGUUGACAUAAAAUACCUGAUCGGAGAACGCGGGGAGUUUACGCUGGGAAGUCCUUCUUCCGUGAAAAAUCCGCUGCAAGUCAGUGCAGUCCACUCUGUAGACGCCUUGGCUUUGGGGGAGACAGAAAGAAGCCUGCCCGUGUGCGCCCGGAAGUAUCUGCAAAUGCGAGUGGAAGCCCACAAUAAAAUGGUCAGAGCAAUGAGCCAAAAGAGAAACGCAGGAGCAAUAAAAAGGGCAAUAAAAGUGGCAGGCGCCGGUGUAGUGCUUUUUGGGUCGUUCAGAGUCCGGAGAAGCGCCCGGUGGAGACCCCCAGCAGAAAGCACGAAAAAACAAUAA